AUGCAACAAUAUAUCUCAGCUCUCACCGUUCAUGCGUUCAACAACUCGGAUGUCUUCCCGCCUGGCACUUGUGUAGACGCAAGUCCAAACCAGAGUAGCUCAGACUGCAACAAUUGUUUUGGCGGAGAGUACACUUACGUCGUCAAAUCUUUUACUACGACUGAUUCCCGAGCUAUUACUGGAUUGAGCAUCGAGAUUGUUGGCGAAAGAAACCCGGCACUUCAAGACAUGGCUAAAGGGACCGGGGGUGACUACCGUUAUGUAAUCACCUCACAAGAUCUAGCCUUGCCCACCAGGGUCAACGGCGUACAGCUGUGGAGAUCGUUCAAUGGCCCUGUUACUCUCGUUGACACGGUUGGAUGGGAUGGAAUUAGUACAGAUAUCAACAGUGGGAGAGGUGGUGCGUACCUCUAUCUUGUUUGGAAGAAUGCCGAGGUCUGA